AUGACGAUGACGGCCUUGGAGAGCAAGGCUUUCGCGGCCGCAAACGGUGGCAUGGAAACGCCAGCCAAGGAGGCCGUCGAAAACCAAAGGGAGGACAGUGGCGAUGAGUCGUCGUCGUCGUCGGUCCGGCCAGCUACCCCUCCGCCGCCUCCCAACGGCGGCUACGGCUGGGUCUGCACCGCCUGCGUCUGCGUCGUCAACGCCCACACCUGGGGCCUCAACUCGAGCUACAGCGUCUUCCUGGCCCACUACCUCGCCGACCGGACCUUCCCGGGCGCGACGGCGCUCGAGUACGCCUUCGUGGGGUCGCUGAGCAUCAGCUGCGCGCUCCUGAGCUCUCCCUUCGCGACGAUAUGCGCCCGCGAGUUCGGCACCAAGCCGACGAUGCUGGCGGGCGUCGUCAUGGAGUCGGCCAGUCUCCUGUGCGCUAGCUUCGCCACCCGCAUAUGGCAGCUCUUCCUCACCCAGGGAGUCCUCUUCGGCCUCGGCAUGGGCUUCCUGUUCACGCCAUCGGUGAGCAUCGUGCCCCAGUGGUUUAGCACCCGCCGCUCGCUGGCCAACGGCAUCUCCGCCUCCGGCUCCGGCCUCGGCGGCUUGCUGUACUCGUUCGCCGCCGGGGCCAUGAUCCGAAACCUCGGCAUCGCCUGGGCCUUUCGCAUCCUCGGCAUCAUCGCCCUCGUCGUCAACACCGUCUGCACCCUGCUCCUCCGGGACCGCAACAAGAUCAUCGGCUCGAGCCAGCUCGCCUUCGACACCACCCUCUUCCGGCGGCCCGAAUUCCUCCUCCUUCUCGCCUUCGGCUGGUUCAGCAUGCUGGGCUACGUCGUCCUCAUCUUCAGCCUCGCCAACUACGCCAACGAGAUCGGCCUCGGCGCCUCCCAGGCGGCCCUCGUCAGCGCCCUCUUCAACCUCGGCCAGGGCAUCGGACGGCCGCUCAUCGGCUACUUCUCCGACCACACCGGGCGCAUCAACAUGUCGGCCCUCAUGACCUUCCUCGCCGGCCUCUUCUCCCUCGUCAUCUGGGUCAACGCCCACGACUGCGGCGUGCUCAUCGUCUUCGCCAUCGUUUGCGGCAGCGUCGGCGGCACCUUCUGGACCACCAUCGGGCCCGUCGCCGCCGAGGUCGUCGGCCUGAAGCACGUGCCGUCGGCCCUGAGCCUCGUCUGGCUCGCCAUCAUGCUGCCCUGCCUCUUCAGCGAGCCGAUCGCGCUGCAGAUCGUCGCCGGCACGGGGAGCUACCUCGGCGCCCAGCUCUUCACCGGCUUCAUGUUCGUCGCCGCCGCCCUGUGCCUCGUCGUGCUUCGCGGCUGGAAGGCCGGCCAGAUGCGCGAGAUGGCGCGGCUGAAGCACGACGCACCCGAGCACAUCGACCCCGUCAAGACAGAUGACGACGAAGAGCUGAUGGCGAAAAGCAGUGUGGCGGGCCGCAAGAGGAUGAUGGCCGACUGCCUGAGGUUAGCAAAGGUGUAA